AUGUCCGGACGCCGGCACGUCUCGUGGGCCACCGACCCGGAAGUGGAGGAGCAUGCGCUGCUGUUGCGCGCCGACGAAACGGCGGACCCGGAGUCGGAGCGUCCACGUCCUGCAGCACCACCAUCACCACGUAUAUCUAGGCGACAGCGCGCCUAUGCAUACGGCGCUCUCUUCCUCGUCACGAUCCCUCUGUUCCUCCUCUUCGUCAUCGCGCUUCUCCGCCAUCCGGACGAACGUGCGACCUCCGCGGGAUCGGCUUCGGCAGCAGCAGCAGCAGUGCUGGAGCACCCGGACACAUUCAAGCUCGACGCGGCAUUUGACCGGACGGCGCCCCCAACGACACGCGUGUACAGAUGGACGGUAUCCGAAGUGAUGAUGUACGAGCCUGGUUUCGGCUCGAACCGCACGCGCGUCGUGGUGAACGGUCAUUCGCCCGGGCCUCUUAUCCAGGCCAACCAGCACGAUCGGGUGGUGGUCUACGUGACGAAUGGGCUGAAGGCGGAGGGCACGUACGAGUCUUCGCGCUAUAUUCCGUUCUACCCUCACCGCUGGUGCAGGUCUAUCCACUGGCACGGGCUCCCUCAGCCGGGUACUCCGUUUUACGAUGGGACGCCCGGUGUUACGCAGUGUCCGAUCCCGCCGGGGCAGACACUGGUGUACAACUUCACUUUCGGAGACUUCAAUGGAACGACAUGGUGGCACGGCCACUCGGGUGUACAGCACACGGAGGGCCUCGUCGGGCCCAUCGUAGUCCACUCGCCCACUGAAUACGGCUCGGACGCAAGAUCGAAGAUCUCCGACCAUAUCAUCACCAUUACUGACAACUACGCGGACUCGGCUAAGCCGAUGCUCGUGGAUUAUCUGGCUGUGUGUGCUGUCCUGUCGUAUGCGGCACGUUCGUCUAACAACGUAGCCGCACAGUCGACCCCGAUUGAAACGACCGACGAGCCUGUUCCGGACUUCGCCCAGAUCAACGGCGCGGGUGCCGGUGGACACGAAGAUGAUCGUGGGGUGUACGACGAGGUGUCUGUGCCCAAGGGCUGGACACCCACCCUCCGCCUCAUCCACGCUGGAUCGUUUGCGCCGAUGCGCAUCUCCGUCGAUGGCCACGCACUGACCAUCGUCGAGACUGAUGGCACACCGACCGAGCACGUGCAGGUGCGCGACCUUCUGAUCUGGCCGGCCCAGCGGUAUCGCGUGCGCCUGGAUCCCGUGGGCACCGCCGUGCCGCAAGCCGUCUGGGUCAGGGCGCACAUGGAGGACAGCGCGUUCUCCUACGACAACUUGCGCCAGCAGCCCGAAGCGCGCGCGAUCAUGCGCUUGUCUUCUUCCUCCUCCUCCGGUGCAUCGCGGCCGACGUCGCACCCCGGACCGCUCGAUCAAGACAAGGCCGUCAACGACUGGUGGGCCCGGCUGCCCCACUUCGACGAAUGGACGCUCCACCCCGGCGCGGGCAUGCAAGCCCUGCCGACAUCCCACGACACGCUCACAGUCCCGUUCAAGUUCUCGAUCCAGCGCACGAGCGCGCGCAACUGGCGCUCGUUCAUGAACAACACAAGCUGGGAGAUCCCGCCCGCGCGCGACGCGAUGCUCGUCGCGGAUCUGGCCGGGAUAUAUCGCGGCGACCCGCUGCGCGUGAAGAGCUAUCCCGUAGAUCAGCUCGUGGCUGCUAUUCCUCGGGACCACGUCGUCGACUUUGUGAUUACGAACCUUGAUGACGGAGACCAUCCGUUCCACUUCCGCGAUGGGUGCAGGCAUGGCUACGCUCCUUGGCUUCUGGGACACGGGAAAGGGCGCUUCAGAUCGUACGUGAACCACCUCGACACCACGAAUCCGAUUCGUCGAGAUACCUUCACCGUUCCUGCACGCAGCUGGGCUGUCGUUCGUAUUCUGACAGACAAUGCCGGAUACUGGGCCUUCCAUUGCCACAUCUCAUGGCACAUGGCCGGGGGCGGGAUAUUCCAGCUUGCUGUGCCCCCGGCGGCUAACGAGACGUUGACGCUCCCGGAGGACAUUGUGCGGCAUUGUCGCAUGUGGGACAAGUAGUGGCGCGCCUCGUACUUGUGACCGGAUUUCGUCAGAACAUGCGCAGUCUAGGGGUGAGCUGUCCACACUGGGAAUAGUGCAUAACCACGAGACAUCUCUAUUGUUGGAUCAAGCCGAUUCAAAAAUAGCAGCUGGCAGUAGAUAUGUCUCCUGCACCCAUACAUUCAGCCUAAAGAUUACUGUACA